UGAAGGACAGACUAAAGGUGGGCAGAUUCUACCUGUGAGCUUAGUGUAUUGUCCGUGGGGUUGGACUGUGAUUUCAGAUAAAUAGGCUCACCAAUCUUUUCAAUAACGAAGCUUUUUAAUAUUCAUAAUGAGUAUCUUAGCGCACAAUGGGUCUGCUGUCAUUGCAAUGUCUGGCAAAGAUUGCGCAGCUAUUGCUUGUGAUCUUAGGUUUGGAGUUAAUUUGCAGACAAUUUCCACUGACUUCACCAAAGUUUAUCCUCUCGGACCUCGGCUGUACGUAGGGUUUCCUGGAUUAGCAACUGAUAAUCAGACAGUGUUUCAGCGUUUGCUUUUCCGAAAAAACAUGUACGAGCUACGUGAGAAUAGGACAAUCAAACCUCAAACCAUAACUACCAUGUUAUCUAACUUGCUUUACGAGCGCAGGUUUGGACCAUACUUUGUCGAGCCAGUAGUCGCUGGUAUUGACCAUACUACGAACAAACCAUACGUUGCAUGCAUGGACUUAAUCGGCUGUGUAUGUGAGGCCAACGAUUUUGUUGUUAGCGGCACGUGUACAGAACAAAUGUAUGGGAUGUGUGAAACACUUUGGGAGGAUAAUAUGGUAAGUUAUCUCAUUUUCUAGUUUUGAACAUGCUCACUGUAGUGUAAAUGUUUUAUCCACAUUAAACACAUCUAGUUGACCGGACUAUUUUGUAGGUAUUUGACUCCCAUUUUGUUACACAAUGUAUGAUAUGACGUUUCGGUUCAAAACAGCAAGUAGUGUCUAGACUUGAGCAAACUUAUCUUCUUAAACCGUACCUCUACCUAUUUUAUUAUAUUCAUUUAUUCUCAUUCUGUAGUCUUACGUUUUGCAGCUACUUGAGUCAGUGUAUUUUGGUGUCGAGUUAUGAAUUAAUGCCAUCUUCCUGUGUAUCACGAUUUACUCUCCAGUCACACGUAUGGAUGCGUCUAAAUUACCCAUACGCUUUGAAUGGUUAACUAAAUAAGUAGAAUAUAAUAAAUCUAGAAAGAUGGAUUGUGUAUGACUGUUAGUGUCAACGCUACUUUUCAUAUACUCCUUUUUUUAACGUGGAGCGAAAGAAAAUAAAGUGGCUUGGCCUCAUAAGUUACCAAUUAUUCACACGGAGCUUUUAGGACCACUUCUAUAAUCUUUGUCUAAUACCUCUAAAUUAUCGAGUUUUGUAGUUAACUUUGUUCGGCACGUUUUUGAAAUCUGCACUUUUUGUGCCAAUCCGUCAAUCAUAUGACCCUAGGUUCUACACUCCUAUCUCAGUACUUUUUUCUGUUUAUAUCAUCCUAGCAAAAUGUUUGUCACUUAAUUUCACUCGGUAUGCUAGAAAAUGGACCAAUCUCGUCAAAUAUUGUGGUGCAUAGAACUUUGUAGUCAACAAACUUAGCCUUUCACUCGUCUAAUUAGCCAGGGAUUCAUCUGUACUACAAUGGUUAAUUAAAAAACGCUAUCCCAGUUAGUCAAACAAUCCCCCUCCGGUCACGAUGACUACUGUCCUACUGAAUGUUUCUGACCCAUUAGUCUCAACCUACCUUAAUAUGGAAUAAACUUCUGGAUCCAUCUUUCUUCUGAUUUGAAAAACUCGGUACUACUGGCUUUGCACAACUGUUAAUAAGUGUUUGCUUGUAAAAUUCCUUAGGAUUGUGUGUAAUCAAAACGGUAUUGGCAGACUCCAGCUUAGGCGAAACAGCCGUGUAUGUCAAAGUCAAGCACUGACCUCUCUUGUUGUUUGUUUCAGAAUUCGAAAGAGUUAUUUGAGUGCAUUUCACAGUGCAUCUUGAAUGCCCUCAAUCGCGACGCUGUAUCUGGUUGGGGUGCCCGAGUUUAUUUAAUGUAAGUCAUAUUACUUUUUUUAAAUGACACGAAACUUAUUGCUAAGAAGUACUAUCCUGGUGAGCUUGAUCAGCUUACCAGUCAAAGAGUAGUAUUUCGUAACGUGGCGAUUCACGAUAAAAAGUAAUAAAUUUCAACAGAUAAACAUUUUCGACAUGACUAGUGAACAUUUACAUGAGGAAUUUUUUACUUUACUACGACAAACGAAACGGCUGAGCAUAAGUAUCUGGAUUAAAAUAGAUGGGUAAAAGUUGGGGUUUGGAGUACGGUUUGAGAAGGUUAGAGUUAAGAGUUAGUGUUUAGAAUUACGGUUAGAGUGGAAAAUACUUUUUAGCCAUACAAAACAUUUUUAACUAUGCCUUAAAUCACGUCAAGUACGCUCAACAAACACUUAACGGUUUAAGUAAAAUCUGGAUCAAGUAUCUUUUUGUGAUUUCGCUUACAUGCCUCUUAUUCACUUUGCGGUAACACGGUAGACAAGUUUGCCAAUUUUAAGCAUUUUAAGAACUAAAUAUAAACAAUUUAUAUUUGGUUUGUAAUAGGGUAAAAGCUAUCAGCUAUUGUGUUUUAAAUUUUGCCUACGAACACAACAUUUAUUAGUCCGUCAGUAAAUCAUAUUUUUACUAACUUAAUAUUCCUUGUUAGAGAAGCUUCCAAAGAAUGUUUUGAUGUCUUAGGUGAUCUCAGUCGGCCAGUCAUCUACAACAUAGGACCAGGCACAUAUAUGCGUCGGUCCAAUUGGCCAUACCUCAUUAGCCCAACACGAUGAACACCAAAUUCAUAGAAGUAGUUACUUUGAUGGCAGUAAUAAAUAAAAGAAAGAUUCUGUAUAAGGAUAUAAUACAGAAAGAAAGAAAUUUCAAUCUCACGGUUUAAAGGAAGAUGAGAAGUGUACACACCUACUCACCGUGAUUGAUUCUGAGCCAUAUGACCCAGAGUCUCCAACCACUGGUUUCGAUAGUGGUGUGAACUCCAACCCAGUAAUCUGCAUCUAAUAACAUGGUUCAGAUCAGAAGUUAGCGACUUUAUGGAAUAAUGCCACGUUUUGUCUUGGCUGCCCCUAACUUCCAUACAUUUCCAACACUAGUCAGCUUUGCGUGAUGUGGUAUUCGGUGGUCGGGCAUGCGUAAUACGUGACCCAACCAUCUCAACCCAUGAGGAUUCACAACCUCAUCAACUGGUUUGCCAUCAUUCCACAAUACCCUGUGUCUAACCUCACUUUUACUUACCCAGUGAUCUCAGCAAAUACGAAUAAUAUUUUUAAGACAUAUGUGAUCGAACAUUAGUAACUUAUCAGUAUCCUUUACUCUUAAUGGGCACGUUUCAAAGCCGUAAAGUAGAACAGAACGGACUGCUGCACAAUAUACUCGUUCUUUAAUAGACAGAUAUAUUCGCCUUCGCCAUAGGUGACGUAAGUUGGGAAAGGUCAAACGAGCCUUUUGAAUCCGUACAGAAAUUUCGUCAGAUACCAAUCCAGUAGGGCUGAUCAGACUUUCAAGAUAAGUGAAGUCGUCAACGCGUUCGACUACCUCACUCCCUAUCCUUAGUUCAGGUGUUGACGCAGACCAGUCCUGAAGCAACAACUUGCAUUUAAAGAGAGGGGAACCGCAUCCCAAACAUCCAGGCAUUGUUGCCCAGUGCUAUCAAAAGACUGCUUUUAAUCAGCGUCUUCACCAAACAGGACUAUAUUAUCUGCGUAUUCUAAGUCGAUAAGUGGAUCUCCUAAUAGGAGAUCAAUUCAUGAAAUUCAGACGACGAGAGCGUUAUUCCCAGCAGUAGGUCUAUGAUGAAAUUAAACAAAUUUGUAGUGGCAGUCUUGUCGGACACCACUCAAGGUUGCGAAAUCAGAUGACAGUUCACCAUAAGCUCUGACUUCACUAGUAGUGUUCGAGUAAAAAACCUUUGCAAGGUUUAUGUACUUCUGAGGUACGCCUUUCAAUGACAAACACUGCCACAAAUCCUCUCGGUCUAUCAAGUCGAAUGCUGUGAAGAAAGACCACCAUUGUCGGACACCAAUAAGCAUGUAUGUUCUAGGAUCUGACAAAUGGUGAAUAUGUGGUCGAUGCAGCCACGACUAGGUCUGAAGCCAGCCUGAUAAUCUAUCUGAAGUCGACCGCAGUAUUCUUAUAUCAAGUGUGUUUGCAACUGAUGUUAUAAAUUGUAUGCAAGUAUUUUCAGUAUACAGAACAUUUGUGUUCGUUUUAAGCACGGUCUCACUGAACAUAUAUUUAACAUACUGCUGACAAAAACGGUUUUGAAGCCCAAAAGUUGUCUCUAAUACUCUGGGUUUGAAAUCUUAACUAGGUACUUGUUAUGUAACUAGCCGUGUCCUCGAAAUUUUGAUAUACAAAACAUUUAAAAUAAUAUUUAGUUGUCACUAAAUGCUAAUCAGAUAUUGGCGCUCUCUUGUACCAAUAUUCAUGUGUUCAAAUAAAUAAUAAUAAUCAGAUAUUGAGAAGCUGUAGAUUGAUCGUCAAUGUCGUGGGCGCUAAGACAAUUUCUAAAAUGGUGUCGAUUGCAAAUCAGAUUUGUACAAAAGUUUAUUGGUGUUAAAAAUGUUUUCCCGAAUGAAAAUCUAAAACAGGAGUUAUUAGUGAAUAUCUAGAAAGAUAAAAUAAACCACAGCCAGAAAAUUGUACAAAUUUCCACAAAACAGUAGUUACCAUGGAUAACUGUAUGGUUUAAUCCAGUUAACGAUACACUUUCCCCAUCAUUUUUGCAACCAACUUUUCGGAGUGAGGGAACUAUACAUAAGCAGGUUUAUAGGCAAAAAGGAAUUGAGUAUUACCCAAGUCAUGUGUACAUAUGCAUGAUACUGGAGUGAUGUAAACAAAUAUGUAGACAGUGACCUUGGUCACUGGCAGUAAGGCUAACCAUUUCCGUACUUUUCUACUUACCAUGUGUUUGCGAUCGGAUUCGGUCUGUUUGGACUAAGGAAACCCAUAAAACCAUAUUAAUACUGACUAAUAAAUGGAUUUUAUUCACCUAGAUUAUAAAUCACCAGGUAAACUAACACGAUAUACAUAUAUAACUACAUCAUAUAGGGUACCAUUGCCAAAUGAUCACAAGAAUGUUAGUGUUAGUUUUGUGUGAAAUUACAAGUUCAAGCUUAGGAUCUUUGAGAUUCUACGCUGAAAGUAUUGAUUUAAGUAAUAAAACGUUUAACCCUUAAUCCACUGGUUAAGACGUCACUUUCAUAAGAACCUAUAUAACGUUAAUGCUGUAGGGGCCAAUAGGUAAGCUAAUAUAAUGUGCGAAAAAUGUAAACCAAAAAAGUAUUUGAUGGGGAACAAGAUUUCGGGAAGUGGUGGUUUUUAGCAGAUAACUGUCCCAUGUAUAAAAUUUUCAACGCCUAAUAAGUAGAAAGUAUAUUGUAUCCAUCAGUAUGCUUGUAAGAGUCAAACUUCAAAUAUCCUACUAAUUAGUUAGUUAUUCAACAAUAAAUUAGAUUAUCACAGUCACACAUCAAAAUAUGUAAUUCUGCCUAUCAUUAAUUUAUAGCUAAUCAAGGAUUCAUUGAGUGUCUUUGUGGUUCUCAAUUAAUAUUUUCUUGAACUUAUGUGCCAUGGUAACUUGAACUGUAGUAGUGUUUAUUCAUAUGAUACAGUAAUAAAUAGAUCUCUAUGCUUCUAAGUUUUGUAGUUUUAAAUCCUCGUGAAAUAUGUUUCCUUUCAGGAUCGUAAAACUCAUUCCUUGCAGUUUGUACGUAUAGUAGCUUUUGGAUAUUUUCCAAUCACUCAGAUUCUUGAAGACAAUAAAAAAAUCAUUAUUUGAUUGUCUCGUCGUCUACUACUUAUCAUGAUACUUUUCUUGCUAUUUAAUUUUCCAGAGAAAAAGACGCAGUCACGAUUUCCGACUUGAAAAUGCGUAUGGACUAGGUUAAUGAAAUAUAAGUUACAUAUUUUGCUUGUUA